UCACGUGGUCGCUGGUCACCGCCGCCGCCUCCCCCUCCCGCCCUGUUCUCUUUCUGGUCCGGCCGGGCCCGGCUGGUUCCACGAGCGCUCGGCAGAGACUGAGGGAGAGAGAGAGAAAGAGGAGGGGAGGAGGAGGAGGAUUCAGGGAAUAGGAGCUGGGGAGCCCUUCUGCGCCACAGAAAAUUUGCAAAGACUUUGAGAAGACAGGAAAAUUAUCAGAAAGACAGCGCCAUUAUACUGGUUCUUUCUUGCCUUCCAUCUUUCCAUAUUUGUAUGUCUCUUCUUUCAUCGUGAGAACAUUGGCUUCCGACAGCAUCAACACAUUGACUUACUUGCGCAGCUCAAUAAUACAUCUGAAAUAGUUUCAGAAUUGGUUCAUUAUACCACUACAAUGAACAAAUCUACCAAAAAGAAUUCAAGAUUUGUUUGAAGUACUCUCUCCUCACCCCACUGAAUUCUGUAUUUGCUUCUUUGUCAGAAGCUUGGUUGAGGGAAUACUCAAGUGAUCUCUAUUUCUUCAUUCUUCUUUGCUUCCUGUUUGCCAACCAAGACUUGUAUUUGGAGAACUCUGUUGUACUGAAUCUGAAGUCAUCUUCAGAUUAGAGCAUGCAUUUUCAGGUGUCAGUUAGAUUUCUGGAUCAAUAAAGGUCUCCUGAAAGGUAGUCACUUUCAGUGACAUUGUUCGGUUCUCACAAUGUAUCAUUCCUUAUCUGAAACUAGACAUCCUCUGCAGCCAGAAGAACAGGAAGUGGGCUUUGACCCCUUGUCAAGUUACUCAAACAAGUCUGGAGGAGAUUCAAAUAAAAAUGGAAGAAGAAGUUCUACUUUAGAUUCUGAUGGGACUUUUAAUUCUUAUAGGAAAGAAUGGGAAGAACUAUUUGUAAACAACAAUUACUUGGCAACAAUAAGGCAGAAGGGGAUUAAUGGGCAGCUGAGAAGCAGCAGGUUCCGCAGCAUUUGCUGGAAGCUAUUUCUUUGUGUUCUUCCUCAAGAUAAAAGUCAGUGGAUAAGUAGAAUUAAAGAAUUAAGAGCAUGGUAUAGCAACGUUAAAGAAAUACACAUCACAAACCCGAGAAAGGUUGUUGGCCAGCAAGAUUUGAUGAUCAAUAAUCCUCUUUCACAGGACGAAGGGAGUCUUUGGAACAAAUUCUUUCAAGAUAAAGAACUUCGAUCGAUGAUUGAACAAGAUGUCAAAAGAACAGCACUCUGUGGAGCGAACAGGAGAUGGAAACAUAGGUUUCCUGAAAUGCAGUUUUUCCAACAAGAAAAUGUGAGAAAAAUUCUUACAGAUGUUCUUUUCUGUUAUGCUAGAGAAAACGAGCAGUUGCUUUAUAAACAGGGCAUGCACGAGCUCUUAGCACCUAUAGUCUUUAUCCUCCACUGUGACCACCAAGCUUUUCUUCAUGCCAGUGAGUCUGCCCAACCAAGUGAGGAGAUGAAAACUCUCUUGAACCCUGAGUAUCUGGAACAUGAUGCCUAUGCAAUGUUCUCACAACUUAUGGAAACUGCUGAACCUUGGUUUUCUACUUUUGAGCAUGAUGGUCAAAAGGGAAAAGAAACACUGAUGACUCCCAUCCCCUUUGCUAGACCACAGGAUUUAGGGCCAACGAUUGCUAUUGUUACUAAAGUCAACCAGAUCCAGGAUCAUCUACUGAAGAAGCAUGAUAUUGAGCUUUAUAUGCACUUGAACAGACUAGAAAUCGCACCACAGAUAUAUGGGUUACGGUGGGUCCGGCUACUGUUUGGACGAGAGUUCCCCCUGCAGGAUCUUCUGGUGGUCUGGGAUGCCUUGUUUGCAGAUGGCCUCAGCCUGAGUUUAGUUGAUUAUAUCUUCAUAGCCAUGUUACUCUACAUCCGAGAUGCUUUGAUCUCUAGUAACUACCAGACCUGUCUUGGCCUUCUGAUGCAUUACCCACUAAUUGGGGAUGUACACUCACUGAUUCUUAAGGCUCUGUUCCUUCGAGAUCCAAAGAGAAAUCCAAGACCAGUGACUUACCAAUUUCAUCCAAAUUUAGAUUAUUACAAAGCACGGGGAGCAGACCUCAUGAAUAAAAGCCGGGCCAACGUCAAAGGUGCUCCCCUGAAUAUAAAUAAGGUCUCUAAUAGCCUGAUAAAUUUUGGAAGAAAGUUGAUUUCCCCAGCAAUGGCCCCAGGCAGUGUGGGUGGCCCUGUACCAGCGGGCAGUAGUGGGGGCUCCUCCACUGCUGUGCCUCCCACCAGGACCCUGGCAGAGGUCCCCAGGCAUCCCCUGCAGCAGCAGCAGCAGCAGCAGCAGCAGCAGCAGCAGCAGCAGAGACUGAUGAAAUCGGAAAGCAUGCCAGUGCAAUUGAACAAAGGCGAUGUAGUUACAGGAAGCGAUGCUCAGGUUUCUGUUCCUGUCCAGACUCUAACUGACCUCCAAGGACAGAGUUCUAAAACCAUCAGCUCAUCCCCGAGCACUGAAAGUUUGCCUGGAGGAAGGGAAUUCACUGGCUCCCCACCUUCAUCUGCUACUAAAAAGGACUCCUUUUUUAGCAACAUCUCCCGUUCCCGCUCACACAGCAAAACUAUGGGCAGAAAAGAAUCUGAAGAAGAAUUAGAAGCCCAGAUUUCCUUCCUUCAAGGACAAUUAAAUGACCUGGAUGCCAUGUGCAAAUACUGUGCGAAGGUGAUGGACACCCAUCUUGUAAAUAUUCAAGAUGUGAUAUUACAAGAAAAUUUGGAAAAAGAAGAUCAAAUUCUGGUUUCUCUGGCAGGAUUAAAACAGAUCAAAGACAUUCUAAAAGGUUCCCUGCGUUUCAACCAGAGUCAGCUGGAAGCUGAGGAGAAUGAGCAGAUCACCAUCUCAGAUGAUCACUACUGCUCCAGUGGCCAGGGCCAAGGCCAAGGCCAGAGCGACCAAACACCUGGGGCCACCAAGCAGUCCUCUUCAGAAACACCAGGGCGCACGGACAGAGGGAGCGCAGACGACUUCAUCCUGGUCUCCAAAGAAGACGACACGGGCAGCACCAAGGGGUCCUUCUCAGGCCAGGCUCAGCCUCUUCGCACCCUCCGAAGCACCUCUGGGAAAAGCGAGCCCCUGGCCCGCUCCCCUCUGGUGUUCUCUGACCCACUGAUGGGCCCAGCCUCAGCUUCCUCCAGCAACCCCAGCUCCAGCCCCGAUGAGGACAGCAGCAGCAACAGCAAGGACUCUGGCUUCACCAUUGUGAGCCCCCUGGACAUCUGACCACAGUGCCCUUGGCUUUCCUUGUAGGGACUGGCCACCCCCCUCAGCGGCCCCAGGGUCUGCCUGAGGCUCCCCCAGCGGAGACCCCUCUGAAACCAACACUUCCUUCCCAGCAGGCCUGUGGCCCUAGCGCAGCCCAUCGGAACCCUCCAGAGAGAGGCAGACGGGGCCACAGAGCACACGGACUGAUGUUCACCAGAACGUAGACAGGGCUUUCGUGGCCCUUACCUCGUCCCACCCCACCCUUCCUCUGAGGUGGACCUGGGUUAAGUAUCCAGGACCAUGCUCACUGUCAAAAAAAAGACCAAACCACAAUUAGAAUCACUUUUCCUCUGUCCUCUUCUCCCCAACUAAGAAUUAGGUGUGGCAACUCCUUUAAUUAUAACUAGAGAAGGAAGAAGAGUUGGUUUCAAAUCUUCCCUCCCUCAGAGCAUCAGGCGUAGGAAAAUCGAUUGAUAUCAAGAAGGCUUUCUCUCUGGAAAUCUGUAUCUCAGCGUCUUUCAUUCCUCCUUUGGGAAGCCAUACAGCAGAGCCAAAUACAACAGAAUGGACUAGAACUGGUAGAUUCCAGGCCUGGAAAAAAACCCAUCACUGACCUUUCAGAAAGUUACAGCGAUCUUUAGAAACAGGGUCUAAACUUAGGAAUCCUAUUUCAGUGUGAUGGGAGUUAGAUUUUUUUCAUUUCUUAAAGAGUACAUUUCCAGACCUCAGGCCAGAUCGACUCUGGCCAUCACUGACCCUCCUCAGACAACUGUAUUUCUCCUCUUAGGAUCUUUCACAACCAGAAAGCAAGGUCACGUUGAGCCAAUCUUUGCUGCACUGAUUUCAAAAGUUGUAACAAUAUUACUUCCUUGAAUUGGUAAAUGUGACCCUGACUUGUGGGAUAAACAUCUCUCAGUUUUCUGGUAAAGCCUCUGUAGCUUUGACGCUAGAAUACAUUUGUCACCUGUCAAUUGAGAAGUAAAGGGAAAAACCCAAACUCAUUCCCAUCCAGAGUCAGGAUCUCCCAUUGGCCUUAAAGUAGCAGUAACAGGGAACUAGACCUGGAGUCCCUUCUGGGGGAGCAGGGCUUCCCGCAGAACAUUCCAGAUGUCAGGAAGGUGUGGGAUUUCUGCACAGCCCUUCCUUGCUGGGAGCCAAGUGUAGGAGCUGCAGGGCCUGGGUUCGGUUGUGCACUGCGUCCCAGGCACCACCGCUGGGGCAGGACCAGGUCUGGCGUGGCUGCGCCUCCCCGGGCUUCAGCACAGGGUGGGGAUUUGUGCUUUUCCGUAGGCAGCUUAUGGAAUCGCACUGGGCAGAAAGCAUCACAGGAGCUGUUUGUCUCCUUAAGGAGAAGUCUCUAUAGAGGACACUUCCCCUCGCCUGUGCCCAAGCAGGAGUUCUGACAGGAGAGCCACAGUGCCCCUGCCCUGAGGUGACUGGCUCUUAGGGCCUCUCCUCUGAGGAUGGCAAGGCCUCUGGGCAGCGGAACCUGUCAUGCCCGCGAGCGAAAAGCUAACUUUGAAAGAAUACACACCGUGUACAUCCUUCCCACUGCUAACCAUGUAUCUCUCUACAGACAAACGUGAUAAUGACCUCAUUUCCCACGUGCUCUCGCUCUCCAAAAACUAGUGACGACUCGAGAGUCAGCCACUACAGAGAGGGUUCUAAGUAGCUCAGAUUUGCUCUUAACCUCUAGCAGGAAAAUCUCUGAACGCGUGAGCUGGAAGAGGAAUGACAACCCCGGUUUCGCUCAGAUAACAGGGUUGUUGGGCCUUCCAUGGUCACUCAGAGAUACACUGAUGAGCGUCCUGAGUGUCUGCCCAGCCCCCUGUGGGAGUGACUGAGUAAGUUACUGUGUGUCGCCUUGAAGACACUUUGUAUGCUCCCAAGGUCCCCAUGCAGUGAGUGGCCUUGCAGCUGCACCGGGUUGCCAUUAUUUUCUCUCCGAGGACCUGGUUUGGGGAGCUGUUGGUGUUUUCGGUUCUAAGGUAAGAAGCCUGGAGCCAUCCUCGCCAGGGCUCCAGGACAGCGGCUGGAAAGGGCCACAGAGCUGGCUGUCCCCUCGCAGUGGCGGACAGCCGUCUGCUCGCUUCGAGCAUUUCCUUGGCCCUGAGAGCUAGAGUCGUGAUAGUCCAGUGUCAGUGGGCACACGGGAGCUGCCAGACAGCCAGCACCCUGACAAGGCUCUAGGCUCCCUCCCUGCAGUCGCAGUCGGCCGGGUGUCUGCGAGUCACUGAACACCCCCGGCCCGCCAGCACACCAGGGGCAGGUCCUCCGUUCUGUGCUUCCGUGUCUCUGCUACACGGGAAGCGAUGGGGUCCCUCAGAGCUGUUGCUUCUGCGGUCCCCAGUGCGCUGCUCCCCCCUCAGAGGAAGGAGGCACGAGGGGGAGUGGGACGUGGGCAGUGCCACCCUCCACUUUCCAUAGAUCCAUGGGGUUUGAGAAUUGUAUUACUCUCUCAGUCGUUUUAAGUGACUUGUUAUUUUUCAUAGUCGAGCAUUGUUUGCAUUUUUAUUAGUUACAGUGCUAUUAAAAGAAUGUGUUCCUUUUUUAUUAUUUUAUCAGGUACUUCUGUUUCAUUGCACAUUUUUUUAAAUCCUGAAUAUAUGAAACCUUUUUAUUUUUCUUUAACAAAUAUAAUCAGUGGAACCCUCUCAUGUUUUGAUUAUUAGCAGUUAAAUAGAUUUUAUAUAUGUAAAGCUUAGAUGAAUUCUGUCAUCCACUUUUUUAAUACGUGUGUCUGUGUUUCAUGCAUUCCUCUCUGAUCAGUUUGGAAAUUUGAGUUAAAUUUUCUCUCUGUACAUUACAUAUGAGAGCUACAGAUUAGAGAAAGAAAGUCAUUAUGACUUUGCCUUACCUUUUGUAUAUGCCAAGGGGUCUUAUAACACUUUAAACAUUUAAUUAUACUGGAUUCUUCUUCCAAAGGUGAUCUCCUGCAAAUGCUCACUUCUAACUGCAAUCUGGUAAGAAGUAAUACCACUGCGGAAUAAGUGUGACUAAAAAUACACCCGAGGCCUCCCUGUGCUUUGCCUUCUCUGCAUCUGACAGAGUUCAUUAGUCCUUCGGGUCUGAUUGCCCACCGCUAACACGAAGGACUCCUCCACUUUGUCAGAGACGAUGAACAAAUACAAAACUCAGUGGCAGUUACGUUGUCUCCUAAAGAUAGGUAAUCUGCCAGAGGUGACUUAAAUUUACUAUUUUUGUUUUCAUUUUAUUGUUUACUUAAGAAGUUGCCUCCAGGGGCUGUUACAGAACCAGUGUUGCGGGGAGCAGGGUGAGGGGCGAUGCAGGCCCUCCCAGUGGCUGUCCUGUGGAGGCCAGGCCAUGCCAUCAUUCCAUCCCCCUCCCCUGCAGGUGCACACCGGUCCCCGCCCCCAUGUGUACAGAACAGGGGCUCUGGGGGGCCGUGGGACAGGGAGAGGAGGCCGGGAUGAAUUAAGGAGGCACCUGGCAAGCCGAGCUUCCUUCUCACGGGCCAAAACCGCUUCCCCACCCCACCCCACCCCCCGUGUUACUUUCAAAAGCUCUCUUUUUAUAGUGUUGAAAAGAAAUCUAAAGUUCCUGUAAACAGGCUUGAGACCACUUUGAUGUAAAAGUUGUCAUAAUAAUUUGUCUCAUGAUGGCACAAUUCAUUUGACUUAUGGAAUAUCCUGUUGUGCCAUUUAUAUCCUAUUGCUUUGUUCUCAUUCAUCUUUACGCUGUAACUCACACUGAUUUAAGAAAUGACUUCUCCUUUUGGCAAAGUGAUCCCAUUAAAUACAGUUAUAAUAAAAGACUAAUGUGAAACUGA